AUGUCGUGGUCAAUUGCAUCUCACUGGUACCAGGUGACCAUUUGUCUUGCGCGCCGACAAGUUUUGUUGCAGACGCUCACACUCUUUGAUAUACCUUACCUUUCUGCUGGCCAAGAGAUUGAUUCUCUUCGCGGCCGUCUUCAUCCUCUCCAUGUUCAGGACUGCUACACCCAGGUAUGGAUACUGUCGUCAUCGCCACCAUCAGCGGAAGUUCUUCAGACUUCAUCUACCUUACCUUACUGCACCCCAAGCCGCAUUACCAACCCUUCCAUCCAGAUCCCAUCAUCUAACCACCUAUCCGCACCCGCACCGCACACUGCCGUCUUCCAAGGUACCCGAGGUUUGGCACCCUGUUUGCCUCGUACCUGA